CUCUCGCUGGGUUUCUCCCAAGGGUCUGAAAUCUCCUCACCAUGCUCUGGGUUCCCCUCAUUGUCCUACUGGGGACGUGGUGCACAGGUUCCAGUUCGCAGACUGUGCUGACUCAGCCACCCUCAGUGUCAGUGUCCCCAGGAAACACCGUGAAACUCUCCUGCACCAUGAGCAGUGGGACCAGCAUCAGUGGCUAUGGUGUGUAUUGGUACCAGCAGAAACCUGGGAAUUCUCCACGAUACCUGCUAUAUUACUAUUCGGAUUCCAGCAAGCACCAGGGCUCUGGGGUCCCUGCUCGCUUCUCUGGUUCCAAAGACACGUCCAGUAACACCGGCUAUCUGACCAUCUCUGGGGCCCUGGCAGAGGAUGAGGCUGAUUAUUACUGUGCUGUGGAGCACAGCGGUGCUCUUCACAGUGACACAGUCAGAUGGGGAAGUUCACUUGCCCAGUACGUGCUGACCCAGCCACCGGCAGUGUCUGUGUCUCUAGGGCAAAAUGCUCAGCUCACCUGCACAGGAGAAAAGAUUGACAAACGGUAUGUGAGCUGGUACCAGCAGAAACCUGGCCGUGCCCCCGUACUCGUUAUAUACAAGGAUAGUGAGAGACCCUCUGGAAUCCCUGAGCGAUUCUCUGGGACGAGUUCCGGUAACACGGCCACGUUAACCAUCACUGGAGUCCAGGCGCAGGACGAGGCUGAUUAUUACUGUCAGAGGUGGGACAGUGACAGCAGCUCUUCUCACAGUGACACAGUCAGACGGGGAACGCUGGGGGUUUAUGAGAGAAUCGGAGGGUCCCAGCCACAGACCCGUUUGCCUCAGGGAGCCGAGCUCGUCUGGAUUCCCACCAUGGCCUGGGCCCCUCUGCUCCUCACGCUGCUCACUUACUGCUCAGGUUCUCUCGCCCAGUACGUGCUGACCCAACCGCCCUCAGUGUCUGUGUCUCUAGGGCAAAAUGCUCAACUCACCUGCACAGGAAACAACAUUGGGGAUAAGUAUGUGAGCUGGUACCAGCAGAAACCUGGCAGCGCCCCCAUACUCGUUAUAUAUAAGGAUAGUGAAAGACCCUCCGGAAUCCCUGAGCGAUUCUCUGGUGCCAACUCCGGUAACACGGCCACGUUAACCAUCACUAGAGUCCAGGCACAGGACGAGGCUGAUUAUUACUGUCAGGUGUGGGACGAUGACAGUAGCACUGCUCACAGUGACACAGCCAGAUGGGGAAUCCUCACCAUGCUCUGGGUUCCCCUCAUUGUCCUACUGGGGACGUGGUGCACAGGUUCCAGCUCGCAGCCUGUGGUGACUCAGCCGCCCUCAGUGUCAGUGUCCACAGGAAACACCGUGAAACUCUCCUGCACCAUGAGCAGUGGUACCAGCAUCGGUGGCUAUUAUGUGAACUGGUACCAACAGAAACCUGGGAAUUCUCCACGAUACCUGCUGAGAUACAAGUCAGAUUCUGACAAGGGCCAGGGCUCUGGGGUCCCUGCUCGCUUCUCUGGUUCCAAAGACACAUCCAGUAACACCGGCUAUUUGACCAUUUCUGGGGCACGGGUGGACGAUGAGGCUGAUUAUUACUGUGCUGUGGAGCACAGUGAUGCUCUUCACACCGUGUGUCACUGUGCGUAUAUCUUCGGCGGCGGAACUCAGUUGACCGUCCUUGGUCAGCCAAAGGCAUCUCCUACCGUGCACCUCUUCCCUCCAUCCUCGGAAGAGAUAAGUACAAAGAGCAAAGCCACACUGGUGUGUCUGCUGGGCAGCUUUUACCCAGGGUCAGUCCAAGUCACCUGGCAAGCUGACGGCAAGCAGAUCUCCACUGGAGUGGAGACGACCAAACCAUCCAAACAGAGUGACAACAAGUACAUGGCCAGCAGUUACCUGUCUCUGGCUGCAUCAGAUUGGAAGACCCAUGAGACCUACACCUGUCGGGUGACACACGAUGGGAAGAACAUUGAGAAGUCUUUGGAGCGCUCACAGUGUUCUUAACCCUCUGACCCUCAGAUGGCUCAGCUGGUCCUUGUGUCUAUCAGUAGAGUUUUCCCCAAAAGAGCCUGGAUCAGUCUGUAGCAUCACCUUAAUGCUGAUCUCCAGCAGCUCUGCUUCCUGUUUGAUGUGGGGGAUCUUUGACGAUCCCUUUGAUAUCUGCUUUUAUUCCCAUGUUCCCACUGCUCUCACCCCCUGCAUUCCCUGGAAACGUCCUUCCUGCUUUAGUCUCUGAUGCAGCCUUGUUAUGAUAUUAAUAAAACCAGAAACAUUCAGC